AUAAGCCCAAAAGUUGAGUCAACAGCCUGUGCUUCAGGCUUCGAUGACAGUUUCUAUGAUAGUUUUAAUGUGGAUCUAUUAGCCACCAUUGCACAAAUUGAGAAAGAAACAUGUAUUCCACCUGUUCAGUUGACAAAAAGUGAUAAAACCAACCAAAUUAAUGUCAAUACAAUAUUGACAGAUGUCGAUUUGAAUAAAAUGUCCGAUCUGGAAGAGAAAGACGAUUAUAAGCCUCUUCAGCCAUUUGAUGCCAUGAAUGUACUUGAUCCAUAUUCAACAAGAAAAGUUGCAGAUACACAUACAGCUACAAGUGUUUUGGGUGGCCUUUCCAAAGGCAUCAAAGGUGGAUUGGACGGAGUAAUUAGCGGUGUUAGUUCAACAGUGGAUUCAACGAAACUAAAUACGUUUAACAAUAAUAGCAAGAAAAGUUUUGGUUUCAACUUAGCCUCAAAACUUGUGCCGAGUGUUAGUGGAUUACUUUCCAGCUCAAACAGACAGAACGAGGAAGAAAAACUAUCUUCAACUACAUAUAAUACUUCAAUAUCGUUAGCAGACAAUUCGGUCGAAAUACUUAAUUCAAAGCAAAUGUAUACAGCAUCGCUUCUUGACAAAUCCGACUUAAGCCGCAACAACAAUGGGACGCCUAUUUUGGGAAUUUUAAGAAGCAAUAUCAAUUCCAAUACAGACUUUGACAUCAAUCGCACGGAUGAACUUAUUUUCUCCUCGACUGAUUUAAUAAACUCAGAUAAUUUGGAAAUGCAAGUUCUUGAUAAUGAUUAUGCCAAUUAUGAUAUUUUAGAAUAUCAAACAACAAGCAACAAUGAUAAUGGAGAGAACGUUUGCUUGCAACAGGAUGAUUUUUUUAAGUCAACACCAACAAAUAUUAUUAGUAUUGGCUUGAAUGAUGUAAUCACUUUAAAUAAAAAUCAAGAAACAGUAACGGUAACUAAAACAACAAAUGAAAUGAAUAAGAAAAGUGGAUCUAACAAUACUAGUGGUGGAGGAGUGUUUGGAAGCCUUGGUAAAGCGGCAGCAGCUGUUCAAUCCGCUACUCAGGCAGUCAAUCAGAGUGCUUCCUCCGUGGCUUCAGUUGUAGCUCAAAAGACAUCAAAUACGUUAGCAAAUAGCAAAUCCAUUCCAGUGGCAAGUGUAUCAACAAUAUUGUAUUCGAAUAAUACAACCGCUACUAUAGCUUCAAGCUCGAACACUACUUCCUCAAUAAUUGAUGAAAGUGAAUAUCAUGGAUAUAAUAAAAUGUUGCUAAAGGAAGAAACAUCGUCCAAUCAAUAUUCGAAUACUGGUGAUGAUUACACGAAUAGUAAUACUCCGGGUAUACUCGGGUAUAAUAUGUCAAUGGCAAUGACAAUGGCUCCACCAGUGGUCUCUGAAAAUGACAAUAUUCACUACUCAGAUGAAAAUAAUCAGCAAAAUGGUGUUGUAGCACCAGAGGCCAAAAUAUUACCUGCGGUGCCGUCAGUGGGAUCCACAGGCAAAAAACUGCCCACUCUUAAUGGUAAAUCAGGACUCUUGAUUAAACAACAGCCAACUGAAAUUUUUGAUGAUGAAUCCGAAGACGACGAUAUCAUUAAUGAUUUUAUGAUAGGCAAUCGACAAUCUGAGAUGAACCAUAAGGAAAAAUAUUGCAUGAUCGAUAGUGAGCAGGAUGAUUACUUUUUGGAUUCUCAGCUGACGACACCGUCUAGUCGAAGAGCAACCGAUUAUUAUGACCAUGUCAACACAAGUUAUAAUUAUCGAGAAGACUUCUUUAACGAAGAGGAUGAAUAUAAGUAUCUUGAACAUCAAAGGCUUUUAAAGCAAGAGCAAUUUCAUCAGCAUCAAGAACAACAGGAGCUGCAACAAAUAAAAACCAAACAGUCAUUAGAUUACAUAGACAAUCAUCAACCAGACGACGAUGAGAACGAUAACGAUGACUUCUUGGACGAAAACUAUCCGAGUGAUGAAGACUGCGGAAAUUAUUUAGAUGAAACCUCCAGCGGCAGUGUUGGUGGUAUUAUAGGUGCACGAAAGUUCAUUCAUGGUAAUAACAAUCAUUCUAUAUCAACGACUAACGCCAGUAUCAGUACUGCCGAGCCAACUGCUUUAGGGAGUAUUCACACCAUUACAGCGGUUACAAACAUUCCUCCGCAAUUGCUAACACCAUCUCAUCAUCAAAUCAAAAAGCAGGACAGUAUUGUUAUUGAAGAAGGUAAUUCUUUACUGAUGGAUUUAGUUGACGACCGUCAAGUAGCCUCAAACGCAUCUCAUGACUAUAAUCACGAGGUGGAUAUCGACGACGAUGAUAAAUUAACUGAUCUGAUGCCGACAAGAACCAAGUCGCAAAACAAAAAGAUUCUCAUGCGGGGCGAAACUGAAGAAGUCGUUAGCGGUCACAUGCAAAUACUGCGAAAACCAGAAAUAUCCGCGAAACAGAGAUGGCACUGGGCUUACAACAAAAUUAUUAUGCAGUUAAAUAAUGGCACUGGGGCAGGCGAUGUGGGGCUACGUUCUAAUGGUCAUCCAGGCGAUAAUCCAUUUUACAGCAACAUUGACAGUAUGCCAGACAUUCGGCCAAGACGUAAAUCUAUUCCCCUUGUCUCUGAAUUGACCAUGGCAGCCACUAAACGAAAUGCGGGCCUGACAUCCGCAGUUCCGAGAGCCACACUCAAUGACGAAGAAUUGAAAAUGCACGUAUAUAAGAAAGCACUACAGGCCCUAAUCUACCCUAUCUCAUCAACAACGCCACAUAACUUUGUUCUGUGGACGGCUACAUCACCGACAUAUUGCUACGAGUGUGAGGGUCUACUCUGGGGUAUUGCUCGUCAAGGAGUACGCUGUACCGAAUGUGGUGUUAAAUGUCACGAAAAGUGCAAGGAUCUAUUAAACGCUGAUUGUCUGCAGCGGGCCGCUGAGAAAAGCUCGAAACAUGGAGCCGAGGAUAAGGCCAAUUCGAUAAUUACUGCCAUGAAAGAACGUAUGAAGCAUCGGGAACGCGAAAAGCCCGAAAUCUUUGAAUUAAUCAGGAUGACAUUCGGUGUGGAUCCAGAUACACACAUAGAUUCAUUAGAACAGGCUGAGCACGCAACUGUUGAGGGAACAUCUAAAUGGUCAUGCAAACUCACAAUAACAGUGAUUUGUGCUCAAGGCCUGAUAGCGAAGGAUAAAAGCGGAACCAGUGAUCCAUAUGUGACGGUGCAGGUUAGCAAGGAAAAACGAACGCGCACAAUGCCACAGGAACUAAACCCUGUGUGGAACGAGAAGUUUCACUUCGAGUGUCACAACUCAUCAGAUCGCAUCAAAGUUCGCGUAUGGGACGAGGACAACGAUCUCAAAUCAAAAUUGCGUCAAAAGCUGACACGAGAAUCGGAUGAUUUCCUUGGACAAACUAUAAUCGAAGUGCGAACCCUAUCCGGAGAAAUGGAUGUUUGGUAUAAUUUAGAGAAGCGUACGGAUAAAUCAGCCGUAUCUGGAGCCAUUCGACUGCAUAUCUCAGUCGAAAUUAAGGGGGAGGAAAAGGUGGCCCCCUACCACGUGCAAUACACUUGUUUACAUGAAAAUCUAUUUCACUAUUUAUGUGAAGAAAAUUGCGGUAUGGUUAAAUUACCAACUCAAAAAGGCGAUGACGCAUGGAAACUUUAUUUUGACGAUAUCCCUGAAGAAAUCGUGGAUGAAUUCUCAAUGCGAUAUGGCAUCGAAAAUAUUUAUCAGGCAAUGACACAUUUUCAUUGUCUCUCCGCAAAAUAUCUUUGUCCGGGAGUUCCAGCUGUGAUGAGCACACUACUAGCGAAUAUAAAUGCAUAUUAUGCACAUACGACGGCAUCUUCCGCUGUUUCGGCUAGCGACCGUUUUGCAGCAAGUAACUUUGGAAAGGAAAAGUUUGUUAAACUGUUGGACCAACUGCACAAUUCUCUCAGAAUAGAUCUAUCAAUGUACAGGAAUAAUUUCCCAGCGUCGAGUCAAGAGAAACUUAUGGACCUAAAAUCUACCGUUGAUCUAUUGACUAGUAUAACAUUUUUUCGAAUGAAGGUUCAGGAACUGUCCAGUCCGCCAAGAGCAAGUACUGUGGUCAAGGAUUGUGUGAAAGCUUGCCUCCGAUCCACUUAUCAAUUUCUUUUCGAAAACUGUUACGAGCUUUACAAUAGAGAGUUUCAGGUUGACCCGAAUGAAGCUAAGCGCGAUACCGAUGACCAUGGACCUAAAUUAGACAGCGUGGACUUUUGGCAUAAACUUAUUGCACUUAUUGUCUCAGUUAUUGAUGAAGACAAGAACAGUUAUGGAACUGUACUCAAUCAAUUUCCUCAAGAAUUAAACAUUGGACAGUUAUCGGCUGCCACCAUGUGGGGUCUGUUUGCAGUUGAUAUGAAGUAUGCCCUUGAAGAGCACGAACAGCAUCGGCUCUGCAAGUCAUCAGCGUAUAUGAAUUUACAUUUUCGCGUCAAAUGGCUAUAUAGUAACUAUGUUAAAGAAGUACCACCCUAUAAAGGAGCAGUUCCAGAGUACCCAGCAUGGUUUGAACCAUUUGUUAUGCAAUGGCUUAAUGAAAAUGAUGACGUGUCGUUAGAGUACCUUCAUGGUGCUUUUAAUCGUGAUAAAAGGAUGGGGUUUUCAAAAAGCAGCGAACAUGCUUUGUUUUCAAAUUCGGUUGUUGACGUUUUCACUCAAUUGACUCAGUGUUUUGACGUUGUUAGUAAGCUUGAGUGCCCAGAUCCAGAAAUUUGGAAACGUUACAUGAGACGUUUUGCCAAAACCAUUGUAAAAGUCCUAAUUGCCUAUGCUGAUAGUAAAAUGGAGUUUCCUGAGCACAUGAGAGACGAACGAAUUGCCUGCAUAUUAAUGAACAACAUUCAACAGUUAAGAGUUCAAUUAGAAAAAAUGUUUGAGUCAAUGGGCGGUGAUAAGUUAGAAGAGGAUGCCGCUAACAUUCUUAAAGAACUGCAACAGAACUUAAAUUUGGCACUUGACGAAUUAGCUUCGCAAUUUGCAAUAAGCUUGGAGCCACGCAUAACCCAGUCGGUUCGAGAACUGGGUGACAUGUUGCUAUCAAUUAAGGGGGUGGCGGUAAUAUCGCUCGGAAAUCAGGCGGCACAAAGGAAUGCUGUUGCCGUCGAGGCAGAUGAUGUGCUUCGACCACUAAUGGAUCUUCUUGAUGGGUCGUUAACAUUGUAUGCCCAGUCCUGUGAAAAGACGGUGCUUAAACGUUUACUGAAAGAACUAUGGAAGAUAGUUAUGCGAAUUUUGGAAAAGACAAUUGUACUACCCCCAAUGACUGACAAAACUAUGAUGUUCAAACACUUGACCGACAGCAAAAAUUUGGCAUCAAAUGCGAAAAUUGAAGAUAUGGGCCGACUAUUUAAAUCGCAUAUGGCUGGAAAACCAGACGUAAAGAGUGCCCUCAGUGGUGUUAUGGAUAUUUCAAAAGAAGUUGAAAAGAAUUUAUCUCCAAAACAGUGUGCUGUUCUUGAUGUUGCUUUAGACACCAUAAAACAAUACUUCCAUGCUGGGGGCAAUGGACUGAAAAAGACGUUUCUUGAAAAGUCAUCAGAGCUGCAAAGCUUACGAUAUGCACUUAGCUUGUAUACUCAAAUGACAGAUACGUUAAUUAAAACAUUCAUUUCAAGCCAGGUGAAUGAAGUUGAUCCUGAAAACGCAGAUGAAAGUGUUGGUGAAAUUUCAGUACAAAUCGACCUAUUUUCUCAUCCUGGCACCGGCGAACAUAAAGUGAACGUUAAAGUUGUGGCUGCUAAUGACUUAAAGUGGCAAAUACCGUCCGGAAUGUUUAGACCAUUUGUGGAAAUAAAUCUCAUUGGACCGCACCUUCAAGAAAAGAGAAAAUUUGCAACCAAAUCAAAGUCAAAUAACUGGUCUCCUAAGUAUAACGAAUCAUUUAGCUUUGCUAUUGGCAAUGAAGAGCAGCUUGAUUUCUUUGAACUUCACAUUUGCGUUAAGGACUAUUGUUUUGCGCGUGAAGAUCGGCUUGUGGGAGUUGCUGUGAUACCUUUAAAGGAUAUUUCUGAAAAGGGAUCAGUGGCUUGUUGGUUGCCCUUACAAAGACGCAUUGAAAUGGAUGAAACUGGUUGGACAAUAUUAAGAAUAUUAUCACAACGCAAUAAUGAUGAAGUGGCCAAGGAAUUUGUUAAACUUAAAUCUGAAAUUCGACAAGAGCCCACAAUGGGCACAUAAGCAUUCGUAUGUCAAUGCAAUCCAAAAGCGAAACCCUAAUGAAAUACAAGGGUAUUCAUAUUAUCACCAAUAUUUUAAACAUUCACAUACAAAUAGUUUAUUGAACUUGAAAUACAUAAAUAAAAACAUACAUCUAAAUAUAAUCUGUGCAUAGUGAUAUUAUUUAUCAUUCUUGGUUAUAUAAAUGGCUCAAUCCAAAUAUCAAUUGUAUGGCAAAAAUCUCACACAAGCAAAUCUCUCUAACAAAAUAAACAUGUAAACAUUUUGUAAACCUCAAUCUUUAAAACAUUCAUUCAUUUGUAUACAAUUUUUCUGAUACUAAAAUCAUUUGCACAUAUUUCUAAUUUUGUAAAUAACUAAUUGUAUAAAUAUAAUUUAUGUCCCAACAAUUUGUUAAAUAUAUUUAAUAAUACUUA